GCGCAGCCGCAGUAAGUCUCGCUUUGGUGACGCUGAUGUUGUCUUAACCCAGUUUUGUGUCCUCUUUCUCUGCUCCAUUUGAGCCUCCAACUCCCGCCGCAGUUAUGUAGCCCACGGUGAAAGGACUUUACUCCCUCCGUGACCGUGGCAUUUAGCUCGUGUCACUGUUUGUUUUACAUUUAGCGCCUUUUUGUGCACAUUUUACCCGCUGCAAUCUGCCAGGAGCUAACUGCAGCUAGCCACCGCCUCGCUACAAACAAGCGCACGUCCGUAGGUCUGCUGAGGCUCAGGGGCUUCUGUGUCCUCCGACCGUGUCCGUGUACGUGAUCCGGGCUAAAAGAGACGGAGGAGCCGGUGUUUGUGCUGACUGAUGCCGCAGGAGAAGUGAAACAUGUGGCAAAGCGUGGGACUCACUUUGCUGGUCAUUGUGGCUACGCUCAUCUGCGCCCUGCUUUUUAUGCUUUUUGGCUGGUACGUGGUGUGGCAGCUCUUCCUGUCCAAGUUCAAGUUCCUGCGCGAACUCGUGAGCGACGCCACGACCCCCCAGGCUGAGACCCAGGAACCCAAGACCCCCGCAGACUCCGAGACCAGACCCGAGACCAACCAGAUGCCUCUGAGGUCCAGGCCCAAGAGCGCGAGGCAAAGACUGGCCUCUCCGGAAGUCUCCUAAACACUAUCUUCGCUUCGAGAGAUGAGAGAUUUUAAAGUUUUGUCCUAAUUUUGAAGUUUAUGGACGCCAGGGUCAGCUGUCAGAUCACUUUAACGUAACCAGCUCUUCAUCUGGUUCAAAAGGGAAAAGCCAUUGGUUUCAUAUUGGCCUCUAUCUGUCCAUUCCUUCUGUGUGAUGUUGGGUUUGUAAUUGUGACUUUUUUUUUAUGUGUAAAGAUGCAUUGUGUAACUUUUCUGGUGAAGGGUUGUCAGAAGUAUCGAAAAUCAGUUACAGAUACUCAUUUGAGCAAGUAUCGAUACUAAAAAAAACCUUUGGACCUUUCUUGAAUAGCCUGGGAAUGAUCUUGAAAUGUUAGUAUUGUAUCACUACCAUAGAGAUUCUGCUUUUGUUUUACUUGACAUGUUCCGCACUAUGGCAUUAAACUUAUCUAUCUCCAUGAUGACAAGCAGGUCUGCGCGGUUACAGGUCAGAUCUGUGGAUAGGCGACCGCUGUAAGAACGGAUGUUUAUAGUUAUUUUUGUAGAACUUAAAAAACACCUGUAAUUGAAUGUCAUACUGUGGAACAUUCUUAGUAAAGCUGUAAUAUCUCCAUGGAAACGAGUUGAUGGACCCUCCACCUGAAAUGUUACACAAUGCAUCAUUCAGCUUGAGAUGGGUGAUGUGGACAACUUCUCUUGAUUAUAUUGAAAAGAUUGUGCAGUCCGUGAGAGUUAAGCUCAAAUGUGCCUGAACACGUCUUGGUUGAAGUUCAAAUAUUGCACAAAACAUGAAUGGGCUGUACAGUGAACCAGAAGAGUGCAGAAAUAUCUCCUCAUACCCUUGUUUUUAAGGCUUAUCUACUUAAUUUGACAGUUUGUCAACAGCCACUCUAUCUUCUGGAGGAGAUACAGCACUCUGCACAGGGCCUCAUCAAACAAAUGCUUUGCUUUUUUAUGUUAAGUUACUUUUUACCAUCAUUGUAGCAAAAGUGACAUUUAAGGCCAGUAAAAAAAAAACUACAAAAUGUGAUUAACCAUAACCUGAUUCAUGACAUGAACCGUGACAUUAACCAUGACAUGAAUCAUAGCUUAAACCAGGGGUGUCAAACAUGCGGCCCGGGGGCCGGAUCCGGCCCUCCAAGACCUUUAAUCUGGCCCUCAGCUGAUUUUCUACUAAAAUAUUUGAAUUAUAUUUUCUAUUAAAAUAUUGUUAAUUUUCUGUGGUGUUUAUCACAGCAGCAUCUCCAGUGCCUCUGUACGUGGCCCCUCCCACCAGAGCAGCACAAAUGAAGACUUGUCUCUUUCCAAACGCUCUUAAAGGACGAUCGUUUUGACUGUUGACCGUGACACCCUCAUCAGAAAAAUGUCCAACAUGAGAAAAGUGGAGCCGAGUGCAGGAUUUUCCAAGAAAAAUUAACUUAUUCCUAUUUACAUACAAGUUCAUGUUAAAACAUUGGGUUGAAAUUGCAUUUUUCUUAAAGUUUCAGGUUGUUCAUAAUAUUAUAAUAUUUUGUAAAAGAAAGAGUUCAUCAAUUUCUGUAAUAGAUUUGUGUUUCUCUGCACAAAUAUUUGAACUUAUUGCUAUUUUUGGGGCAUAUAUGCCUUUUUUUUUUUUUUUUUUCGGCCCCUUUGGGACCAAAGUAGGUUGGAUACGGCCCCCGGACCAAAAUGAGUUUGACACCUCUGGCGUAAACCAUAACAUGAACCAUGACAUGAACCAUGACAUGAACCAUAACAUAAAGUAUAACAUAAACCGGUGAUUCUACUAAAAUGGACUCUUCAUCCUGGCUCCUUUUAGUGGGAGAUACCAGGAGCAUGUUAACGUUCAGUCCUUUGAGUCAGUGUGUUAAAAUGGGUAAGAACUGAAUUGCUCAAACAACUAAGUCAGACCUCCAAAACUGUGGUUCUUGUGGAGUGCCUAAGAUCUGGGUUAAACCUGGUUUAGUCUCAGGUUAGAUCCUGGUUUAGUUCAGGGUUAGAGCGGGCGGUUGGAGCUUAGUCCUGGUUUGGUACAGCUCUUGUGGGGUGUUCUAGGUCUGCUGCUGUCAGAGGAGCUUUAGUCCUGGUUUCGAUCUGGUUUGGACCUUGUUUAGACCUUGUCAAGACCAGGUUUAUUUCUGGGCGGUUAAACCUGUUUUAGUCCAGAUUGUGAGUCCAUCUUGUGUAAAACUGAUUCAUGUAAGAUUUUUUAAAAUUUUCACUUUUAACAAAACACAUCCGCCCAAGUACGUUUCUGAAAUAGUGUCAAAUUGUGCCAAAGUACGACUAACUUAUUUUAAUGUUUUCUCAACUCAAACAACUAUUUUAUUCUGAAAUGUCCUAGUUUUAUCUCAUACUGACAUGCUUUAAUAUUCUAGAUCUUUAACAAGGCACUGGCCCUAUCUCGCAACAAUAACUGACAUAUAAUAACAGCUGCUUUUAAGAACAUAAGCAUUACUCGUUUUUUGCCAUUCAAUACUGUCAAUAUUAAAAGAUACAUUGCGUAACUUUUGGUGAAGGUGUCGUAAUUACCUGCUUGAAAUAUGAACAUUUACUGGAAUAUCUCACAGUAAAGCCAAGUUACAGGUCAGAUCUGCGUAGAGGUGACCCCACUCAAUGUUAAACUACUAUGCUUUUUGCACAUGCAAGUAGUUGUAAUGUCAUAUUGUGGAACAUUCUAGUAAAAGUGUUCAUAUUUCCAUGGAGACAACAGAUAGUAGAAAAGAUCCAUAAUGUAUCUUCAACUCUGAACUCUAACCGUGUCAGUCUGUCUAAACCAUUUCAGUGUGCUUUUCUCAUUCAUCGAAAGUGCAAUGUUUUCAGUUUCUUACACAUUUUUGUUUGGUGAAUUCCAUCCAGUAACUCUUUUCGUCGUUUUUAUUUUGGACGCAUUUUAACAAAGACGCAGUGAAAGGAAAACUGCCGAGUUAAAAGGAAGCGCGCGGUGCCUCGGGCCUGUUCCAAACAAACGUGGAUAUUUUUGUAAACAACAUUUGAAAGACAUUUGAAACUUAGUAACUUGAAAUACUCAUAGACGUAUUGAACUAUUACCUCACUGUUUAUGUAACGGCUCACACCUUAGUCCCUCAAUAAAGUCAAGGAUUUACACAAA